CCGCAACAUCCCUCCCAAACCCCCCACCCCUCCCAACUGACUUCACCCCCACCGAAACCUCCUUCUCCUCCGCCUCCAUGACCCUCGAAGAAUGGGAAGCAGCAGGCCUCGCGAUCGCGCAAAGGGCUUAUACGUUUAUCCAGAAGAUUAUUGCGCAUCGGCGAGCAAAGGCGGCGCUGUUUGAGGCUGUGGAGAGGGUUGCGGAUGAGAGGGCGGAGAUGUUGGAGGAGAGGGAGGAGGGGUUGAAGGAGAAGGCGAGGGAGGUUAGGAGGAGGGGGAGGAGUUUGUUGGAGGAUAGCUUUUGAGAGUUGUCUGGGUCGAAUUGAGUGUACGUUAGGGGGAGAUUUGGGUGUACUGUUUCUGAGUAUUUUACUUUCGGGGAAGGUUGUCGUUUGCAUAUCAGGGACGGGAGG